AUGGAAGCGCAUCGACUCCGAUCACACGGUGAACGGUUAAGUAGACGGUUUACGCUCAGGCAAGCGACCUCGAGAACUCGUCAUGCUCGCAACGGUCUGUACUGCAAUAACGGCGGAGGCGCACGAUCGUCAUCAUCAACUUCCAGCGACAGCUUUGUUAGACGCGACAAAGGAAGUGACGAUAAAAGAGUUGACUGCGGCGACGGUGGGGAUGAGACGCUUUCAAUCACGACGUUCAACGUCCUGGCCCCGAUAUUCAAGCGGGUGGGCAACGGAAGGGAGAGCGAGUUCCGAGAAACGUACCUCGAGCGUCACAAGGCCAUCCUCAAACACAUCAAGGGGGUCGGCAGCGACGUGGUGUGCCUGCAGGAGCUCUGGGUCGCCGAGCAGGAGAUGGUCGACAUGUAUCGAAGAGGCUUGCGGGGGUACCGUAUGUUCACGUUGCCUCGCACGGAGUCGAGAGGGGACGGGGUGGCUUGCUUCGUGAAGGAGGGGAUCGAGGUGCUGGACACGCAGGACUUGCGGCUCAAGGGCGUCGGCGGGAGAGUCGCGCUGGUCUUGCGGCUAGGCAUCGGGGGAGGGGUCGAGGGGGGGGACAGGCGAGAGGUUGUCGUUGCCAACACCCAUCUCCUGUUCCCGCACGCGAGGUUGUGGGUUGACUGGAGCCUCGUUGCGAACGAAACCAACGACCUUGCCCAUCUCCCGGUGGUGCUGUGCGGCGACUUCAACGGGAGGUCCUCGGGGAGAGUCUACCGGCACCUCGCGGAGAGAGGCUUCAGGUGUUCCUACGAGGUCACGCUGGGUCCCGGGGCCGACAUCAGCCGCUGGAUCACACACCUUAAUCACCGCGGGGAGGAGCUGGGAGUUGACUACAUCUGGUUCCGCAACCCUGACCCUCGGUUAGAACCUAUGGAACCUGCCUGGGAAAGCAUCGUUUAUCAGUCCACGAAGCAGCAGCUCCUUUCGUCUUACCCAGACGAGCCUCCCGAACAAAUACGGUCGUCGGGAGCGGCAUCGGCGGCCGCGGCGGCCGCGGCGGCCGCGGCGGCGGCCGCGGUGGCGGCGGCGGCGGCGACAACGGGGAGGGAGGGCGCAGACACCACUGUCGCCGACGAGGAGGACGCCAACAUAGAGAACACCAGGCUGUCCACGGCUUGCCAGCUGCUUGGGUUGAGCGAAGGCUUCGAGCUAGACGCGGAGGAGCUCCAGCUUCUCCUAGACAGCUCUGACGACGACUUCGACUUCCUCGUCCCCACCAUUCUCGAUGGGAGCUCCACCGGGCUGGAAGGGGCACAGCAGUCAGGGUUGGGUGCGGGGGGUGCCUCUGGCGACGCGUGCGGCUCCACCCUGGAGCCGACAUCCUCCAGAAUAUGGCCGCCGUCCUUAGAGCAAGGCCACUGGCCGUCGGACUACACCAUGAGCGACCACGGCUCCCUGACCGCUUCGUUCAGAGUGGCGCCGGCGAGGGAAGGAGCGGCCUUGGCGCGGGGCUCUGCUGAGCGGCAGCAUCGGUCCGCGGGGACCGGGGAAAGUUCCGAGGAAAGUUCCGAGAAUGUUAUCAGCGGUGUGCUGUCUGAGGCCGUGAGCUCUGACGGUACCGCCCAUCACGAAGACGACGACGGACACUACGGGCUGCGCUGACGGUGCCCGUGGUUUGGCUGGUUCGAUCGAAUCGGCAUUAUAUGGUUUGUGGUGGUGGUGAUAAGGGGGGGCGGGGGGCGGGGAAGAAAAUAAACGCCAGUUAUCUCUUCGUUUGUUCGCGAGAAAAUAAAUGGCAACCAACGGAUGCGAUGGACGACUGCGCAAGGGUUGUCGACGGGCUGCGCGUGCAAGAGGUUGAGGCAGAAUUAUAUGGUUUGUUUGCGUACCCGGAGUGUUUCGCGCUUGUUUGCUGCCCUUCCUCUCGAGAUGCUGCCCGCCUCUCUCGCCCUUCUUUUGACGUUCUAUGCGUUUCGAGCUUGGCCGCCUUCGUCCGGUGGGCAUGUUGUGCCCCCCCCCCGCAUUGCUGCUUGUUGUUACAUAUAGUUCGCAAUAUUGUCCGGCGAGAACUGGUGGCUUGGAUGAGAUGAGGGCUCGUUGAGAAGGCCGGGGCUGUAUGCCCGGCGUGUUGAGAAUGUUGGUGUGAUUCAUAGCCCACCGCUUGCAGUAGCUAGCUGCCGAAAGCUUCCUCGAACUAUGUUGACGGUUUGUAUUUAAAACAGCGAGAUGGUGCUCGU